AUGGAGGACAGCACGAUCUCCCAGGCGGAGGUGCGCAUGGAGCAGCUGCGCCGCGUCGAGCGGGAGUUUGUGGCGGAGGCCACGUACACUGUGAAGCAAAUCGUGAUGCUGGACGACGAUGGCCCGCGAGAGCUGCCCAAGUUUCUGCAGUGCUACCGCGUAGACAACAUCUUCUUCCGCGUCCUCCCGGACAGUCGCUCGGGGCGCAACUACGUGGCGUCGCUCCGCGGUGUGCUGCAGAGCCGCACCAGCCUCCUGGCGGUGCCCCUCUCAUGUAUGUUCUUCUUCCGCGGCAUGCCGGUGCUGGCGCAGGCGCUCGUCCCGAUGCCGCGGGAGCCGACGCGGCUGUACGGCGCGGACUCCACCAACAACCAGGAGGUGGAGGCGGAGAUUUUGCACAUGGCGGAGGCCCUCAACAUCCCUUUGCCAAAUUCUAUUGUAUGUGAGGUGUAUGAGGGGCUGGAUGCCCGCUGGUACUGCACACUGACGAAUAUCACCACGAUAGACGUUGCUGAGGGCUUUUCAGCCAGUCCCCCGCUAAAACGUCAGGAAAUGCUCGUCUUUUGCCCCCUUGUGACGCCCGGGCCGCAUGACGUCUUCGCCGUCAUGCGGGCCGCGCCCGUGCUCGACGCGCUGGCCCAGUUGGAGGGCAAAGCACAGGCGGAUGCGCAGAGUCACCUGUGUGACGUGUUGCACUUCUACGGCAUCAAUUUUUGCUUUCUGAAGGAGGUGCUUGAGACGUUUGCGUCAGAGCGGGGCACCGACACGGAGGCGGUGCGGGUGCUGGAGAGAUGCGUCGCUAUAGAGAUGCUGGCGCGGGCCGUUAAGCAGGAGUUCUACCUGGAGGUGCAGGGGAAGCGGGUGGCCCACGAUAGCCGGACGCUGCAGCGCUGUAUUGCGAGCACUAUCUCGCGUGCCCUAGACGCAGAAAACUUCUGGGAGCAGUUCCUGCCCGUACUCGCACGGAAGUACAACAUUAGCGCCACCGAUGCGUCCAGCCUCGAACUUUUUGCCAGCGUGGCUGUCUCCAGGCAGCACGACAUCGUUGCGCGUAUUUCGCUCCUUAUUGGCGCGCGAUUCUGCGCGGAAGCAAGCUCGACGGCGGAGCAGGUGAAGUGGCUACCGAAGCUGCAGUCCAGCGUUGUGCCCCUGGUCUCCGACCCCAGCACUGUGCAGUCUCUUGCCUUUCAAUACGACGUCACGAAGACGUCGAUGACGCAUUUGUACGCCUUUUGUUUGCCGCUGCAGUCGAAGGUGGCGUACUGGGAGGGGAAGCUGGAUGUCGCGCUGAGCUUCGCACUUGAGGUUGCCGCCGCGGAGAAGGCCCGCCACGGUGACCUGGGCCUGCCCUACCUCUACGCCCUGCGCGACGUCUGCGAAAUACUACUGGGCGGGGACGAUGUGAAGUUUAUUUCCGACGGCCGCAAGUACAUGGAGUCCUUGUUGGCCGGCUUUGAUGCAGCGGCGGGGCCUCUCACGCGGAUGCGGCGCCACAUUGAGUGCGCCUGCUGGCUGCUAGCCGCCUCUGACGUCCUAGACCUGAAAGCCGAGGCGCUGCAGCACUUUAGGACGGCCGCGCAGUUGGCGCCCGCCGGGCUGCGCGGCGACCUCGGCGCCUGGCUCUACACCCGCCCGUUCCUGGGGAUGCUCCGCUGCGCACAGAUGAUGCGGCCGAAACCGUCCAUGGACCUGGCCGGGAUGGCGGGUGACGCGAGGCAGCUGGCGCGCGUGGUGACCCCCGCCGACUACUUUGUGGAGUACCUCUGGGAGCUAGGCAUGGAGCUGUUCUGCGAAGAGAAGUACGAGCUGGCGGCAAAGAUGCUUCACGCCGCCUUCAAGAUGCGGCGAAAGGUGCCUCGCUCGGCGCUGGACGCUGGGGCCCUAAUGCAGGACCUCGUCAACGUGUACCGUGCGUGGAACCCGGCAAAGUACGGGACGUACUGCGACUCCCUCCUGAAGGCGAUGUCGGAGGAUCGCAGCAGAGCGUUUUCCUGGCCCAGUGACUCAUCGGCGGGCAACUCGCAUUGGCCAUAG